UCAGGUGAUGCGAUAGGACUUGGGCCCACAGACUGAUUUAACUGCUGUUAAUGGCUUGUGUCCUGGUUGAUAUUGCGCAAACUGUGGCCGUGGGGCGAAAAGACUGUAGGAUCGGUCCCGGUCAGAAUUGAGAAAUAUUCAUUUGUUCGAAAACGCUAGCGAAAUAGAGCAUGGAAUUGGCCCUUCCAGCCCUUUGAGCCACACUGCCCAGUAAUCCUCCAUUUUAAUCCUUGCCUAAUCAUGGGACCAUUUACAAUGAACGAUUAAUCUAUCAACUGGUCAACGAUUAACAUAUCAACUGGUACAUCUGCGGACUGUGGGAGGAAACCAGAGUGCCCGGAGGAAACCCAUACGUUCACGAUGCAGAAGAUGGAAUUUCAUUUUGAAGAAUUUGCUGCUCAUUUUUAAACAGCCUUUGGAGAGUCUUCUGAGCACCAAGUAAAAAUUAUCCCAGGUAACUUUGAAACACAAAGGAUUACCGUAUUUUCUUCAGUAUGGACAUUGUAACGGAUUGUAAACAAAAUCUUUCAAAUGAGAUCUAUCGACUGGAAACAUUUGUAAAUUUUCCAUCUGAUGUUCCUGUGUGUGAAACAACUUUGGCCAGAGCAGGCUUCUUCUAUACUGGUUAUAAAGACCAAGUCAAAUGUUUCAGCUGUGGUGGCGUAGCAGAAAACUGGCAACAUGGCGAUUCUGCUGUGAGAAAACAUAGGCAACUUUUCCCAGCUUGUCCUUUUAUUAAUGGUUUAAUGGUAAAAGAACACAUGUCAAACUCUAGUUUUCCAGUUGCGUCUCAUGGUGAAUUUGCAGCAACUGAAAGUCAAUGGUCUGCAAUAAAUGGGCCUUCCAGACAUCCUAAUGGCAAUCACGAACUUCCCAAAGAUCCUGUAAAAAGUGGAGGCAUUGAAGACUUAUCCCAUUUACGGCCUAGAAACCCUGCUAUGUGUAGUGAAGCCACCAGACUCAAAACCUUCACUAACUGGCCUAGUUAUGGCAUUGUAACCCCAAGAGAUUUGGCUAAAGCAGGGCUAUACUACAUUGGCAAAGAAGAUCAGGUUCAAUGCUUUUGCUGUGGUGGAUUAAUGAAAAACUGGGAACCUGGAGAUCGCGCAAUGUCUGAACAUAAAAGACAUUUUCCCACAUGCUCUUUUGUUUGUGGCCAUUCAGUUGGAAAUGUACCAGUAGAUUCAAAUUGUGGCACAGGAGAUGUUAACCUGCACCUCAAUGAUGAACCAAAACCUAGUUUUUUCCACCUUCCCAAACACCCAGAAAAACGGUGUUUUGAUUCUCGGCUUCAGACUUUCAAAAAUCGAAUGCAUUUUCCACUUGAUGCUGAAGACCUUGCUGGAGCUGGAUUUUACAGCACAGGUGAUGGAGACAACGUGAAGUGUUUCCAUUGUGAUGGAGGCCUUAAAAAUUGGGAACCUGGUGAUAAAGCCUGGGAGCAGCAUGCAAAAUGGUUUCCAGGGUGUGCUUUCCUGAUUCAGCAGAAAGGCCAUGAUUUUGUUAAUGAUGUUCAAUUGAAGAAAUUGCAUUUGAACUCCACAAAUCAAGCACAGCCACAAGAUGGUCGAUUUGCUCUUCCCUCAGAAUCUGCUUUUUCAGAAAGCUUGUUAAUGCAGAGUCCUGCAGUAAUGGGUGCUCUUGAGAUGGGAUUUGACAAGGUGCUGAUAAUGGAACUGGUGAAUAAGAAAAUGGAAUCAACAAAUGAUAACUACAACUCUGUGGAAGAAUUGGUUGGAGAUCUUCUGGCACAAGAGGGAAAAACGCAGGAUCAGAAUCAGAAACAUGAAGAAAAAGAAGUUACAAAUGUGCAGGAGCAACUGAAAAAACUGAAGGAAGAGAAAUCCUGCAAAAUUUGCUGGGAUCGAGAUGUUAGCAUUGCCUUUCUACCCUGUGGCCAUAUAGCCACAUGUAAAGAAUGUUCUUCUGUAAAGACAUGCCCAAUUUGUUGUUCCAAAAUUCUGGAGCGUGUUAGAAUAUACAUGGCUUAGUCAAUGGAGAAGCAACUUGAAAAUGCAAAUGAAGGUGAUAUUAGCAAUCUCAUUUAACAAAUGUUAUGCAAUGAUAAAUGCAGUCACUUUAUAUAAUACACAGAUAUAAUUGUACUCUACUCCACAGUUAACUUAAUUCCACAAUCCAAGCAAUAUGAACAUAUUUAAGUGAAUUUAUAUGUUGGAUUGGAAAGAUUGCAUUUUUAUUAAACAAGUUGAUGAGAUUUUCAGGAUCUUUCAAGUGGUAUACUUUGUAAGGACCUCUUGGAUCUUGGAGGUUUGCUUCAAAUUUUAACCAUUUCGUUUCAAUAUGAUGAAAGUUGACAACAUUUGGACACUAGAUACAAAGUAUUAAAUUUAAUGUUAUUUACUGUACAGAACCUUGUAGAAUAUUUGGGUGGUAAGUUUCAAUCAUUGGGUGUGUACACAGUUAUCCAGCGACUAAAUUAUCUGACAAGAUCGUAGUGGAUUUGGUGGAAUUGUCACUUUGUGGCUUUGUCAAGUUCAAUCCACAAUUGGAUGUAUUUUGAUCUUUGUUUCCAAAUGCUCUCAUUCACAUGAGGAGAUGGUGAAAGAACCAGGAGUUGGGUGAAGGAUGUGUUAAUGUUGAGUAAAUCAGAACAAAAAGUACAUGAAUUUUAAAAGGAUUCAAUUUAAAAAGUAACAAUGAAGAAAUCUGGUAAAAUGUGUAAAUUCUGGUCUAUUAGGUGAAGUAAGUAGUGUUCAUUCCUGGAUUGUGGAACUGUAUCUUCUGGCACAAGUUUUGCAGCUUUUGUCUGUUUCGGGACGUGAGGAAUGGUCAAUGGUAAUCCUACGGCAAAGCAACCCAAUAUCAGAAUGAGUAUUCUGCUCAUAACAAUUGGUUUAUUCUUGGGUGUUUUGCAAAGAAUACUUUUUAAAUGCUGCAUAUUGUAUGAAAUUUUCAUUAAAACAUUUACAAUGAAGAUAGGACUUAAAGUUGAAUGUCCAUUUUAUUUGGGAUGGGAUAUAGAAAUUAAGUUCUAAUUUACUUGACUGAAAUCAGUCUGCAGAUAAACUAUAUUCUGAUUUGUGUAUAUUUAGAAUUUUAUUGUAUUCUGGAUCAAAGGAAUAAAAUUUUCUCUAAGAUAUUUUAAUGAUUUAUAUUAACUUGUAUUUUUGGGGGGCAAAGGAUUCUCUGUUCUGAUUUGACACUUAGUGAUGUGUUUUUAAAGUGUAAUUGAGAGGCUGUAAA